GUGAAGGGUUAUGUGAGCAGGGGCCACCAGGUCCUCCAGGAAUUCCAGGACAACAAGGCUUUACAGGGGAGCGAGGUCAAAAAGGUGAUCAAGGAGACACAUGCUUCAAUUGCAUAGGAACUGGAGUGACUGGGCCUCCUGGGGAAAGAGGACCACCAGGACCUCCAGGUAGUCCAGGUUCUCCUGGAUUUCCUGGACCAAAAGGUGAAAAGGGCCUUCCUGGAUUAACUGGCCUUGUAGGGCCACCAGGAUUUCCAGGGUCCCCAGGUGCUCCUGGGAAACCUGGUCCUAAAGGAGAACCAGGGGAUGUCCUGACUUCUCCAAGAAUGAAAGGUGACAAAGGAGACCCUGGCUUCCCAGGACCUCCAGGUCUUCCUGGCAUUGAUGGCACUCCUGGACGAGAUGGACUGCCAGGUCCACCUGGCCCUAAGGGGGAACCGGGCAGUGUUGCAUUCAAAGGAGAAAUGGGUAUCCCAGGUGAUCCAGGAAUACCAGGUCUUCCUGGAGACAAAGGCCUUCCUGGACCUCCUGGUUUUGGUCCACAAGGUUCACCUGGUGAAAAGGGCAUCCAAGGUGUAUCAGGCCGUCCAGGGCCUCCUGGAGUUCCUGGUCCAAAAGGUGACCCUGGCCAGACUAUUACAGAACCAGGACUUCCAGGCCCCCCUGGUCCUCCAGGAAGAAAUGGUGACCCAGGUCUUCCAGGAGAUCCUGGUCAGCCAGGUCAGCGUGGCUUACCAGGCAUCCCAGGUGCAAAGGGAGAGCCAGGUAUUCCUGGCAUUGGACUUCCAGGUCCACCAGGCCCAAAAGGUUUCCCAGGGACUCCAGGCCCCCCCGGAGCUCCAGGAACUCCAGGUCGCCCUGGUCUAGAUGGACCUCCUGGACCACCUGGUUUUCCAGGACAGAAGGGGGAUCGUGGAUUUGGAGUUCCAGGACCACCUGGACCCCCAGGACCACCAGGGACAAAAGGAGUUCAAGGACCUAAAGGUGAUCCUGGCUUCCCAGGCAACCCUGGUCUCCCAGGACGGGCAGGUUUUGAUGGAACUCCAGGGUCCAAAGGUGACCCUGGACCAAGUGGACCACCAGGACUCCCAGGCCCACCAGGCAUCCCUGGCAUUGGUGGUCAAGGUCCACCUGGAUCUCCAGGACCUCCAGGUCCUGUUGGCCCCCCAGGUUCCCCAGGGUUGCAGGGCAUUCCAGGGGAGAAAGGAGAUCCAGGUCCUCCAGGCUUCGACGUUCCUGGUCCUCCAGGUGAUCGAGGAUCUCCAGGAUAUCCAGGACCCCCUGGUCUCCCAGGGCCUCAGGGUUCACCUGGACCACCUGGCCGGGAUGGAAUACCUGGAUUUCCAGGUGCCAAAGGCGAGAUGGGUGUCAUGGGAGCUCCUGGUCCUCCAGGGCCUCCAGGAACUCCUGGAAGAAAUGGCCUGCCUGGCUUGAAAGGUAAUACUGGAUUACCUGGUCCACCAGGGUCUCCUGGACCAGUAGGUCAGAAAGGCAUCAAAGGCGAAGCAGGCCUCCCAGGUCCACCUGGAAAAGUUGAUCCAAAACAGCUAGGAGCAAAAGGAGAAAAAGGCGAGCCAGGUGUUCCAGGUAUUCCUGGUUUAUCAGGACAGAAAGGGUAUCAGGGUCUCCCAGGUGACCCUGGCCCACCAGGACCUAGUGGCCCACCAGGUGUGCCAGGAUUGCCAGGCAUCAAAGGAGACACGGGGCUUCCUGGGCAGCCAGGACCAACGGGACCUCCAGGGUUAAAAGGUGCCAUGGGAGAGAUGGGCCUUCCAGGUCCCCCAGGGAUUAAAGGCAGCCAAGGAAUAGCAGGACGUCCAGGACAGCCUGGGCCUGCAGGAUUUCCUGGAUUGAAAGGGGAGAAAGGUGACCCUGGUCUUUCAGGCAUUGGUAUUCCUGGUCUCCCUGGACCAAAGGGUGAUCCUGGUUUGCCUGGAUACCCAGGUAGUCCAGGCAGUAAAGGUAUAGCUGGAAAUCCUGGUUUGCCUGGCUUUCCAGGCAGUCCAGGUGCAAAAGGAGAACCAGGCCUUCCUGGAUUCCCAGGAACGCCAGGAAUUCCAGGACCAAAAGGUAUUGAGGGGCCUCCAGGUAAUCCUGGCCUGCCUGGACCACCUGGGCCAGUAGGUGACAUUGGUCGUCCUGGCCCUCCCGGUCCUUCAGGGGAGAAGGGACAGCCUGGUCGAGAUGGUAUCCCUGGACCAGCUGGUCAGAAGGGUGAACCAGGUCUACCAGGUUUUGGGCGUCCAGGACCUCCAGGACUGCCAGGAUUAUCAGGGCAAAAAGGAGAAGUGGGGUUACCUGGCCCACCAGGGCCCCCUGGACUUCCAGGUCUGAAGGGAGAACCAGGUUUCCAGGGAUUCCCCGGUCUACAGGGUCCACCAGGUCCACCAGGAAUACCAGGGCCACCUCUGGAAGGCCCUAAAGGUAGCCCUGGCCCACCAGGUGUUCCAGGAAGGCCAGGUCCCUCAGGUCUUCCAGGUCCACCAGGCCCAGAAGGUCCACGAGGGCCACCAGGCAAUGGAGGAGUUAAAGGGGAAAAAGGGAACCCGGGUCAACCUGGUCCACCUGGCCUGCCUGGUCUAAAGGGAGAUCAAGGACCACCUGGACGCCAGGGCGAUCCUGGUCGUCCAGGUCUGAAUGGAAUGAAGGGUGACCCCGGGGUUCCAGGCGUUCCAGGAUUCCCAGGUAUGAAGGGUCCUACUGGACCUGCAGGACCUGCUGGCCUCACAGGCAGCCAAGGACUGCCAGGCCCACCAGGUCCACCAGGUUUACCAGGUACCAUCGGACGAAGCAUUGUUGUCAAAGGUGACCCUGGUCCCCCAGGUCCUCCAGGACAGCCUGGGUCAAAAGGGCCACCUGGAUUGCCAGGGCCACAGGGAUUGCCAGGUCCAAUUGGUCUUCCUGGUGACCCAGGGCGAGAUGGACUACCUGGUUUUGAUGGUCCAGCAGGACGUAAAGGAGAGAGAGGUCUUCCAGGCCAACCAGGUUCACGAGGAAUACAGGGACCUCCUGGUCCUGAUGGCUUACAAGGCCCACCUGGUCCCCCUGGAACAGCUUCUGUUGCUCAUGGAUUCCUUAUAACUAGGCACAGCCAGACCAGGGAUACACCACUAUGUCCACAAGGAACAUCAAGAAUAUAUGAUGGAUUCUCUCUUCUGUAUGUGCAAGGAAAUGAGAGAGCACAUGGCCAGGAUUUGGGUACUGCUGGGAGCUGUCUUAGACGUUUCAGCACCAUGCCCUUCAUGUUCUGCAACAUCAACAAUGUUUGUAAUUUUGCAUCAAGGAAUGACUAUUCGUACUGGCUAUCGACUCCAGAGCCAAUGCCGAUGAGCAUGGAGCCACUGACUGGGCAAAGCAUCCAGCCUUUCAUUAGCCGAUGUGUUGUGUGUGAAGCUCCUGCUAUGGUGAUAGCUGUCCACAGUCAGACCAUUCAAAUUCCUUCGUGUCCUCCAGGCUGGGACUCCCUUUGGAUUGGUUAUUCUUUCAUGAUGCACACUAGUGCUGGAGCAGAGGGCUCUGGACAGGCCUUGGCAUCACCUGGAUCCUGUUUAGAAGAAUUCCGUUCAGCUCCGUUUAUUGAAUGCCAUGGUCGUGGCACGUGUAAUUACUAUGCCAAUUCAUAUAGUUUCUGGCUGGCAACUGUAGAGGUGUCAGAAAUGUUCAGUAAACCUCAGUCAGAGACACUGAAAGCUGGAGACUUGAGGACGCGUAUUAGUCGUUGUCAAGUUUGCAUGAAGAAGACGUAACGUCUUGGAGAAUGUUUUAUAAAACAGUUGAAAAUUCCUAAGAUGCACUGUCUUCCAGCUGCAACAAUGGUGCUACUGUGCAGAAAAAAAAAAAAAAAAAGAAAAAAUGAAUCCAAACUGGUUUAACCAUGCAAAUUCAAGUGUACCUCACUCAUGUGCCAGACUAAGGAUUGUUUGGUACGUAUUUGACGACAGGACUAAGAUGAAAGAAUUGACCUCUUGGAAACAGAAAAGAACACUUGAGGUUCACAAAGGAUCAGAAGAUGAAAUUUUUCAUUUCUCUCCCUGUACCAAAAUGGCACCUUUUUGAUCAACCAAGAGAAUAAAGAAAAACACGAUGCACUGAGUAUGUUUAAAGUAACAAGACUGCAGUUUUGAAAAACAUUUUUCAUGGUGCUACUAACCCUACUGUAUCCCAGGUUCUUAAUAUGAAAUUUUAAGCUUAUUUCUCUUUGUAAGUAAUGAAAUGUGUAUAUUGUGUAAACACCUUUUUAGUUGAAACUUUCAGUCAUUUAGAAACAAACCAGACUCUGAUAUAAAAAUGCUUGUGUCUAAAAUUAAAACAUACAGCAGUAUUUUCUUAUGAAACUUAUGGCACAAAGAGAAUUUACCCCUCUUAUGCCAACUUAUCAAUUUAAUAUUUCACUUCCUUCCUCAGUUGCCAACCUGAUACAUUUGGGGAAUGCACAACUAUUCUGAAGUCAUUUUGAUCAGGGUUUUAAAUGUUGUACACCAUGCCAUCAGGGGUUUUAUUUGUGCUUGGAAAUCCCAAUCACUUGAAAAGGUUUUUUUUUUAUCUUGUGAAAAUAUGUGAAAUUAUUAGCCAUAUUCUAUAUCCUUCUUUUCUGAAUAAAAGUCACAGUCACAUUUUAGUAACCAGUUUGGUUUAACAAAACCUGUUCCUUGAGAAUAUCCAGUUACCAAAGCAU